AUUGAGGCUGCAAACAAGUUAACUAUAAAUACCUGUGUCGAGUACCUCGGUUAACAAAACGCAUUCACCCUAUGUUUUUAUAUUUGUGGAGGAGCUGAUCUCACAAUUGCUCAGAGGCUGUGUAGACUGGGAGUAAAAAUCAGAGGCUACCUAAAGACCAUGAAGUUUACAGACCAAGAGCCUGCCUUUGUCACCUGCUGUCAUCCAACAAAUGCAGUAACCUCUUAAAACACCAGCCCUACUAUCCAGCACAUUACUUGCCUUAUUGUUACCACUCCGCUGUACCAGCAAAUCCUCAAACAUUAUCUACCUGCUCAACACUUGCCCAGGUGCUUUCAUUACCUGUGAAAAACUUCCUCCUCAGCUCCUUUCUCUCCUUCUCAAAUGAUGCGGACAGACAGCAAAGGCCGAAGUGCCUCCCCUCACAGGAUUAUCUACAAGACUGACUUCCACGCCAUCAAAUGUUCGUUUGACACAGGGACCAGUCUGCAACAAGGGGCCAAAACCGCUGCUGCUGCCCAGCACUCUGCUGUGCAUCCAAACAAGCUGCCAUCCAGCCUGUCAGAUCCCAUAAUGACUAACAUCAGCACAGGCAGCAGAGGGAGGGUCCACAGCACCAGGGGGACCAAGAUCAGGGACAACAUCUUCCUCCAGAUGGACAGCCAGCAGCUGAAACAAGAUGGUGGUCCUGUGCUGAGUUCUGGCUCCACAUCCCUCCUUUCUCCCCAAACUCCUAGCCUGCAGCUCCAGACUUCACCUUUCUCUGGAUCCAGACGUCCAGUCGUGAGUACCUCAUCAGUUCUGAGCGCUGUGGCCAGCAUUUCUACUCCAGAGCCCUCUUUGCAAGAUAAACCAUCCAGAUCAGAUGAGAUAACGGAUAUUGACAGAGCUGCUCUGGCUCAGAAGUUCUCUGUAACCCGGAAGUUGUUUGAGACCAAGGUGAUGGAGGUCGGAGGAGUUUUAAAACCUGUGAUUGUCAGGGGAAGCAGGGGCAUGGCAGAUGGGAAAGUAGAAGGAGAGGAUGGGAGAGGAGGAGGAGACCAGGUGGAAAAAGAGGAAGAGGCAAGCGGGAAAACGAAGCACACAGAGGAGGAUGGCUUUGAUGAAGACAAAUCCGUAAACCUGCCUGUCAUAAAUAUUCCCUCGCAGAAACCUCCUGCGUCCGCGUCACUGACAAGGCACCCUAAAUCUCCUGUGUCGGACGGCCCCGGGGAAGCAUCCAACAAAUCUUCCUCCUAUAUUAACAAACGCGGUCAAACCACAGGAGCACAAGAAUGGACAGAAAGCGCUAAUCUUGACCUCUGCUUGACCCCUGAGGACCCAGUGAGGGCAGAACUGGUCGACGUAAAGACGGAGUCAUCAGAGAGUGACGAGAAUGAGGAGGAAAAGGAGCGAAAAGGGAACAAAAAAUGGCCCAAAGAUGAGGGGGGGAAGUGUAUAAGCAAAAAUGGAGGACAAAGUGUAGAGGCCCUAGUGGAUGAUGUUUUUGAAGAACCCAGCUUGGACACAACACCAGGACCUUAUACGCUGGAAGACAGAGUGGAACAGAGAGCAGCAGAAGGUCGGCCAGUCUCUCCCUCAAAAGAACACCAGAGACAGUUAACCACCAGCGUGCCAUGUAAGGUGGAAGGUGGAAGAGACAAGUAUCAGCAGGUGAAUGAACAAUGGGAGGGUGAAAGGGAGGAGCAGAAUGGAGAGUUCAUUGCCCAGGGUGAGAAGAAGUCAACAGAAAAGGGAAUCAACGGCGAAAAAAAGACAGAUGCAGGAGUGGAAGAAAGAGCUGGAAGGAAAGAGCGGGUCAUGAUGCAAGAGGAGAACGUCGAGGGAGAGAGGAAAGGUGAGAGUGGAGAGGAAGAAUGUGGACAAUGUCAAGAGGAGGGAACUGAAAGAGAAGAGAAAAGGGAGAGAGGAGAAGGUGCAGCACCUGAGGAGGUCAAGCAUGUGGCGUGCAGAGGAUGUAGUGAUGGAAAAGAUGACAUGGGAGGAGGCAAGGAGGACCAGACAGGAUCUGCAGUAAUCUGCGGGAUUGAGAACGAGGCUUUUGUACAUGACCAGGAAUCCCAGUGUCAUCCAGAGCGUUCAGCGUCACCAAGCCGGGACACUGGAAACUCUCUGCACGUUGGAAAUCAGCUUUUAGUGGAAUAUGAGGAAAUUCCUGGUGUUCCCGAACAGGAUGAGGAGGAUGCAUCAGAGGCGGCUAAGAGAAAGGUCAGGUUCUCCUCAGCACCAAUCAAGGUGUACAGCACCUAUUCUAACGCAGAAUACGACAGACACAAUGAGGAUAUCGAUCCGGUGUCCGCCUCGGCCGAGUACGAGCUGGAGAAGAGAGUGGACAGGAUGGACGUCUUUCCAGUGGAGAUAGAGAAGGGAGACGAUGGUCUGGGUAUCAGUAUCAUAGGAAUGGGUGUAGGGGCUGACCAGGGACUAGAGAAACUGGGAAUCUUUGUCAAGACAAUAACUGAAGGAGGAGCAACACAGAAGGACGGAAGGAUUCAGGUGAAUGACCAGAUUGUAGAGGUGGAUGGGGUAAGUUUGGUUGGAGUCUCCCAGCUGUUCGCAGCCACAGUCCUCAAGAAUACAUCAGGCCUAGUCAAGUUUCUGAUUGGUCGUGAGAAAGAGGGGGUGGAGAGCGAGGUGGCACGACUGAUCAAUGAAAGCCUGGAAAUGGAUAAAACAUCCAGAAAGAGGGAAAGUGCAGGUGGAGAGGAGGACAAUGAUGGCAGCACGUCAGAGAGGGACUCAGUGGUUGAAGAAGAGGAGGAAGAUGAAGAAGAGGAUGUGUCUGAUCUGUCCGGUCUGGACAACUACCAGCUCUGCCUCAAAUACCAGCAGCUUCAGUCAAAACUACGAGGCAGAACCGCCCAACUUCACCACACUAGAGAGAAGUUAAAGGCAUUGAAGGAGCAGCAGGCGUGUUGGGAGAGCCAGAGGGCUGAGCUGGAGCAGAGAGCAGAGGAUGGAGAGGAGAAAGCUGACAAACUGGAGAAGUAUUGGCAAGAGGCCCAGACACUGUGCAGGGUUGUGAGCCAGCGACUGGCUGAUGCCCAGAGCCAAUCAGAAAGCCUGGAGAUCAAAUACAGCAAAGCUAAGAGACUGGUCAGAGAAUACCAGAACAGAGAGGAUGAGAGGGAGAAAAGAGAAGCAGAUCUGAGGAGAGAAAUGGAGGAGAGAGAGAAGCAGCACAGAGGCACUGUUGAAAGGCUGCAAAUCCAGAUGGCACAGCUAGAGAGAAAAGAGCCUGUAGCUGAGAGAAAGAACCACAGUGUGGACUCUUCAGUCACAGGUCCAGACUGGUAUAUUCCAGUCCCUGACACAGGACGUCUAGACUCCAGCGCUCAUAUAGCCAGAGCUCAACUGGCCCAGAAAUCCAAGCGCCAUCCGCCUUCACGAGACAAACUCCGAGAGAGCUUUAGAAAACAGGAGGAUGACGUCCAGAAACCAGAGGAGAGCCAGUCGCUGUCUGCUCCCACAGUCGGACAAAGGAGCAGCAGAAGCGACAUGUCCAGCACCUCCUCGUUCUCAGCCCUCAGUCCUCACCCUCCCUCCAACACUGUCUUCACCCCUCCCAUCUACAUCACCAACACCAUCACCCCAUCACCACGCAAAUCCUCAGCUUCCAGAAAAUCCAAAAGGAAAUUUCCAGAUUUCAGUGGCCUUCGCAAGUCUCUCAGCAAAAGGAGAAGUGAGAAACACAGCAGAAGGUCCAUGAGCAACAGCCGGGGGUCAUGUGGAGACCUAGUGGAUGAGCCCGCUGGAGUUUCUCCAUCAGGUUCGGUCACCUCCAUGCCCUCUUGCUUACCCUUUCCGUGGUUUGGAGAGAGAGGGAGGGAGAAAGGAGAAGAGGAGGGGGAGGGGGAGAGAGGCAGGGAGAGGCUUCGCUCUGUGUCCAGCAGCAGUUUGCCCUACCUGACCACCACGGGCAGAAGAGAUCAGACAUUGGACGAUGAACCAGUUCCCUCCAAUAACAACAAUCAGUGGCAGAGUCGACCCAUGUUGGAGUGGAACAACCAGCAGGUCUGUCUGUGGUUAAUGGCCAUGAACAUGGAUCAGUACACAUCAGAAUUCGCUGCCAGAGGAGUGGACGGCCCACAGCUGCUCAACAUGGACAGUGAGAAACUAAAGGCUCUGGGCGUGUGCAGUCACAGUGACCGGUCCGUGCUCAAGAAGAAGCUGAAGGAGAUGAAGAAAAGGGAGGAGAAAGAACUGAGGAAAGGAGAGAGGAGGCUCAAAGAAGAGAAGGAGAGGGAGAAGAAUGUAGUUUUGGACAAAGAGAGUGAAGGGAAAGAGAAAACGAGGAUGACGAUGGAGGAGAGGCCUGAAAAAGACAUCAGACACAGCGGCAAAACUGUAAGAACUGAGUCACUCUUAUAAAGCAAAGACCAAGGCGACGUUGGAUAUACCACCAGCACGAGGGUGUGUUUACAGUCUGACACACAGAAAUACACUUGAACCAGUUUCUGUUAAGCUAAUAGAAACUGGCAGAUCUACUGUACACAUCCUCUAUUGUUCACGUUAAUAUUUAUCAUUUAGGAUACAGGACACUGAUUGGUUUUAAUCAACAGUUCUUCAGAUCACAGCAGAGUUUGACUUUAGCACCAAAGUUCAUUCUCACAGCAAUUCUCUCUCUCUCUGUCAGUUGUAAAGUGUGUGUGUGUGAGAAUUUCUGACUGUUUUACAGUGAUGUUUUUUUUUGUUUGUGAACCUUAAAUUAUCCCCAAAAUGAUUUUAAUAUUUAACAAUGUGCUGACUUUAAGCACUCAGGUAUUUGCUCUAAAUGCUUUUUUUAAUGUAUUAAUAAAUAAUGCUUUGAACGUCCAACUUGGCCUUGAAUAAUAUCACACAGAACACAUGGGUAUGACAAAAAAAUUUUAUUCAAGAAACUCUAUGUUCACUCUCACUUUCUUCCUAUUUCAGAGGCGGUGAAUUAAAGGUGAAUUCUUUAGACGUUUAGCAUUGAGUUUACAAAUCGAGUAUUUGGCAACUGUGGAUAAGUUACAGUUCCUCCAUAAUGUACAACCUGAGCAACCUUGAAUGUGAAAUACAAACUGAUUCAUCAACAGUGAAGGCAGUUACACUGUAUUUAAAAAAUGCACUUUUAAAUUUGGGGGGGGGGGGGGGUAACACACACAUUUUAUUAUUUUUAUUUUUAAAAGUCACCUGUGUAUGCAUUGCAUGAGUCUUUGGCCUGUAGAGCACGUAACAGAAAGUACUCCUCGCAAAGAAUAAAUACAAACAAUUCUGCAAAACAUUCAAAAAAUGUACGAAAAAAAUCUAGAAAUACUCCCACCUCCCUCCCUCCCUCCCUCCCUCCCCCAGUCAACACUGUGAAUGUAGUCAAUGUACAAAACAAGCUCUAAAGCUCUGACAAACAGUAGUUUGUGCAGGACCAUAUCCCACACUGCAGCUCUCCUUCCAGUGAUUCAUACAGACUAUCCAAGAUCAAAUCAGCCCCUGAACCAGAAUGUCUGAUCAAGUAUUUAGUCCUAUAAUAGUUUUUUUUUUUUCCUUUCUUUUUUUUUUUUU